UGCCCGCUCUUAACGAUGAUGUGAACCAAUAACGCGCGAUAAGAGUCCGCGUUGUUUCGACAGAAAACAGUUGGCUUCCCGAUCAUUUUCCGAGACGCGGAUGAGCAGGACCGGAGGGGGACCGUCUCUCAGCCAGACCGUCGACACGCCUGGAGAUCAAGCCCUAAAGUGCCAAAUGCCAAGACUGGAGGACCACUGCUGGAGCUGCUCUUGUGCGUCAAGAGCAGAAUCUAAAAAUUCGUCCGGAGCGAACUGGGUCGCGUCAAAGGCCGAGGAGAUGAUGUCCAUCAUCACGACGGUGCUCCGCAACGCCUACGGGUCCCUGCACGACGUCCGGACGGCCAACUUGAUCCGACGGGGUCUCGUCCUCUUCACCGUCGGAGUAUUCCUCGCGCUGGUGCUCAACUUGCUGCAGAUCCAGAGAAAUGUGACUCUUUUCCCCGAGGAGGUGAUGACAACCCUGUUCUCGUCUGCCUGGUGGAUCCCGCCGUGCUGUGGCACAGGGGCCGCUGUCGUCGGACUGUUGUAUCCCUGCAUUGACAGCCACUUGGGAGAGCCACACAAAUUCAAGAGAGAGUGGGCCAGUGUUAUGAGAUGCAUCGCAGUCUUCGUUGGUAUCAACCAUGCGAGUGCUAAACUAGACUUUGCCAAUAAUGUCCAGCUGUCCAUGACACUAGCAGCCCUGUCCCUUGGUCUCUGGUGGACAUUUGACCGGUCGAGAAGUGGCUUUGGCCUGGGCAUUACCACUGCCUUCCUAGCUACAGUCAUCACCCAGCUGCUGGUCUACAAUGGAGUCUACCAGUACACGUCACCGGACUUCCUGUAUGUGCGCUCCUGGCUCCCGUGCAUAUUCUUCUCAGGAGGUGUUACUGUGGGCAACAUCGGCCGCCAGCUCGCCAUGGGUGGCGUUGAGAAGCCCCACAACGACUGAACGAAGGGCCGGAGCCACACGAAGUAUGGAAAAGAGAAGGACAGUCAACUUUAAAACAAAAAAACGCAAUCGAGACCGAAAAUGAGUUUAAAAAAAAAAGACUCGGUUUUGACUUUUUCCUCUUCCAUCGUUCUCAAAGUGCGGGUCUGAAAUCCCCUCGUGACUCAACGUGCCAUGUCCUCCGCACAACAUCAUGGCCAAACGACCCAUCCCUCCUUCCGCUGCUGUGCUCCAGUAGAUUAAGGACUUCCCUCGCCGUGGACGGGCCGACGCCGGUCGCCCCUCCGCUUCUUUUGAAGUGAAUAGUUGGUUGCUUUCAUUUUUAACAUUGGAAAGAGUGAGCUGCUUAGCGUUUGGGAGUUGAAUGUGGUUAAAGCGUGUGCGUGUGUUUGCGUGGAUGAAUCUCACUCGUAGCAGGACAGACUUGGGACGAAGCGUGGUGCUACCAAGCCAGAUUUUUAUUUUUUUUGUUUUGUUUUGCCUGAAUAUCAUAUGAUCAUAAAAGGGAAAUGUUUUAGGGUUGCGUCAAAGAAAAAUGUCUUUGCCCAAGUUGACGUGUAGCUCCGUGGUCAUCACCGUGGCACAGAUGAAAUCCGCUGUAUGUUCCCGACUGAACAAAACAAGUAUUAAUCUAGGGAGUCACUGAAAUUGUCCACGAUCAAAGAUCCCAAAGCAAACGUGCAACGCGACAAUGAAUAAUGCAGUUCUUCUUCUAUUUCGAUCACGGUCUUAGUUUAUCGAGGAGGGUGCCAUUUUGGUUGCUUUCGACAGAAUGGAAAGGAAUACAGGAAGAAGGUCAAUGGAUCCGGUUGAUUUUCACUAUUUCGAACAUGAUCAAUAUGUUGUUAGUGAGGACACCCCCCAAGACCGUUCCAAGUUUUGAAAGACCGGAAGUGAAUAAGCGGAGUAACGCAUGUGUGUCCACCUUCUUUAGGAUGUUGUCACACCGGUCCAACCCAUCCUAAAGACUCCCCUUUGUGACCCCUGGUGGCAGUGAUGGCUCUGUGGCCAUCUCGUUCGAAACGGCCUUUUUGAUUUGACAGGAAGACCUUCGAAGGUCAGAAAUAACUUAACUGGAUGAUUGUAAGACUUCUCCCAUUACGAAUGGUAUUUUCAGACUGUUGGAGAGGUAGUUUGGGAACAUACACCGAUCGAAGGAGAGGGCGGGACAUUGUUACUUCGGCCUCGAAGAUUUGCAAUCUGUGAUUGCCUUUGUAUUGUAGAAUCUAGUGCUUUUGUCACUAUACCAGUUUAGUUUUAUCAUUUGUACAAACAUAAUGACAUUAUUGCGUAUAUGUAUAAUGGCUUACGUGUGUAAUCAGACAGGUAUUACCAUACUAGACCUACGGUGUGUUAGUCAGCAGUUUAGGAGUCCCGGGGAUUAAGUGCAAUCAGAGUAUACGUGAGCCGAUUAUUCUUCCUUAUUUAUUAUUUCUGACAGCAGCUAGAGAAGUAACUCGUGGUAAUCCUAUACAGUGUGGGAGAGCAAUAACACCAGUGUUUUUGUGUUGUCGGAGAUUACAUGCCUUCUUAGUCGAUACCAAUGACUUCUCUCACCAGAGAGACAAAACGAGAAAACAUUACUGUGUCAAACUGUUGUAAAAAAAAAAAAAAAAAAUCUUGAGUAGUUCAAUUAAUAAAGGUUGAAUCUGA